AUGAGUGAAGCUAUGAGCAAAUUUUCUGUGCAUAAUGAAAUCAAUACAAACCAAAAAAACUACGAAGACAAUGAAUGGUCUGAAUUCUCUACUUGGGAUAAUACUAUAAAUGAAGUGGAAUUUACCAAUGUUUGGCAAGAAUUUGAUCCAAAAGAACCGGAAAAAGAAGAGGAGAAACCAGAGAGAACAGCCAUAAAUAUUACUGGUGUAUUGAGGGACAUUGCAGAUAAUGUGUGGUCAGAGGUAGAAGUAGUGGCAUCACCUACUUCAAUUGUUUCUCCAAAUUCUCUUCUCGCAGUUAGAAACAGUCUUGAUGAGGGUGAAAAGGUUUUGAAUGAACAAAGCUUCAUUCAAAAACCGGAAGGUAAAAAUUCGGAGAAGAAGCCCUCUUUAUUAACACCACCUACUUCCCCUCCCAUGAUUGGGACAGACAACGUCGAUCCAGAAAAUGAUAAUAAUGUUGAUAAUAAUGAGUUUGGGGAUUUCAUUUCACAAUCUUCAAGUAAAAAUGUAAAUACACCAAAUGAUAGUGAUAAUAACGAGGAUGAAAUUGAUAAUGACGAAGAGUUUGGCGAUUUUGAGUUUGGGCAAGAGAAUAACGAUACUGAUGACUUACAAGACACACAUAUAGACGUGUCUUCAAUUGAUCAUAGUAAACUUCCCCAAGAAGUUAUCCACUGGAUUGAGUUCUUAGGUCAAAUAUAUCCAUCGUCGAAUACAUCAGAUUCGCAGAGUUUAUCUAAAUCUAUUGUUUUGAGAGAGCUUGUUAAUAAUGCAAAUGAAUAUUUAAACUCUGAAAUUACAUUAUCAUCUCUCGUUGAACCAAUGAUUAAUGAUGACGGGAUAGUCAGGGUAUCUUGGCGUGGUUCACAAACUCAAAGAGCAUACUUUGAAAAUAUUUUCGGAUUCAAAAAAAAUAAGGAGGAUAGAACACCAAUUGAGACCACAUCAGAUGAGACCACAUCAAAUGUUCCCUCACCUGCUACAGUGCCAAUAAUUCCGAUCUAUUCAAAGAACAUGAAUGAGAAUGUGACAGCAAUGAAUACAUCUGAACCUCGCAAAUCGUUAAAUGAAAAUAGCCGAGAAUCACUUACAUCAAGUAUCGAAAGCAGGCGUGAUUCAUUACUUUCGAUCCCGGAACUUGCUCUUUCUUCUACUUCCACUUCACCGCCAACUUCUCCGAUAUCUCCAACGUCCCCUUGCAAUUCCCAACCUUUGCAUGAAUUGGCAGGACUAAAAUUCUUUAAUAAUUCAAAGCCUGAUCGUAAUCAAUUAUUUGAUGCACAUUAUUUGAAACAUCUGUAUCACUCCUCAAAUAAUGCUGGUAAAGGAUCUCAAACUUCUGAAUUAGCUGAUUUGAUAACACAGGAUACGACAAAAUCCAAAGCUUUGCAAGAUUUGCAAGAACUCACGGUUGCACUAGUUUCAGAAAUUGUAUCUUCACCGGAAAGCUCGAAAAAAGCCUCGAAAUGGGCCAAAUCCAAAUUUUUACUUCCUAUUCAACCAGUUACAGCUAAAGUUUCCGAUAGUUCAUUGGAUACACAAUCAAAACCAACCGAUACAGCACGACAUAAAAGUUUAGUAAUAAAUACAAAAAGAGAUCAACCACAAAAAAACGAAGUGACAUUGAACACGAUGUUCUCUUCAGAUGAAUUCGGAGAUUUGGUUUCUGCUGACACAACAAGUAACGAUAUUUUUGAUUCUGCCGAAUCAAGUUUUUCUCCCCAAUCCCCUUCAAUAUCUUUUGAGAUAAUGAAACCGGCUAUUUCUUCCAAGUCUCAAAGUAAACCUAUCACGAUAUCAAGUCCUACUGAAAUCGUCCAAAAUACACAAGAAAAAAAUUCUGGUUUAGAUUCGUUAGAGUUUGGGGAAAUGAUUUCUGCUGAUGAAUCUCGAUCAACGAAGUCGAAUUUUGCUAAUAACACCAUUAAAAAUUCAUUCUCCACGAUAUCUUCACAUUCACAUCAAUCCUCUGUUUCUUCGUUAACCCCCGCUCAUUCACUAUUUUCUACGAAAAAUUCUACAUUCAAAGACUUUCAAGAAUUAACAGCUGGGUUGGAAUCAAAAGUAGCCACUUUUUCAAAUUCCACUCAAUUGCGGUCUAAGUCAGCAUCGAACAGCAGUCCUCCUAUAAAUCAGAAAACCUCAAAAAGCAAUAAUUCAGAAAGACUAUACACAUCUCAAAUUAAUGCAGAAUUGGUUUCAGCGAGCGAAUUAGACACACAAACUCAGUCAAACUCUUGGUUCUCAACAACAGGUUUUUCCUUCUUGGAUUCUGUUAAAUCUCAACAUGAUGAUUUUGGAGCUCUGAAUUCCGAACCAGAAACAACUAUUGUCUAA